GUCACGUGAAUCCGUCAAAAGAAACAAACAUGGCGCCGCGAAAGUGGGGAAAACUCUGAUGUUCGAGCAAGUUUGGGGUCUAACGCUCGUGCCGUCACGCCACACCGGACAGAUGAGAGGAAGAGGAGGACACUCUUCACCAUCGGUUUCUCAGGAGCAGACCAGGAUGGCUUUGAGGCUCAAUGACUCGAGCGAUGUUCCCUCUGGAAGCCAACUGGUUGACGAAAACACACCAGAGGUCGAAGCGCUCGAUGACCGGGACGACAAUGACGAGCUCUCGUCAUCACUUCUGUCGCAAGCGUCAAGAGAAAAACGUAAAAGAGAGACGGAAAACAAAUCCAAAUCCAAAGAGAUGACCGAGGAGGAGAUGAUGGACCUGGCUCUGCGUCUGAGUGAACAGGAAGCCAGCGUCACCGCGCUCAGAGUCCAGCAAGAGGAAGAGGCUAUGAUGAAGGCCAUCCAAGAGAGCAUGGGCAACCAGACACAACCGUGCCCGCCAUCCCAAAGUCGGCGGCUGCUCACCGGUUCUGAAGCUUCACUCAGCAUCUUCUCUCGAAGGAAACUCCUGUAUGCAAAUGGGAUGACGGCGUCCGCCAUCAUUCGGGGAGCAGCGGAGGACAUCUGCACACCAGAGACAGACCUGAACCGAGGAGCAAAAGCAACCGGAGAUGAAAGUUAUAACAGGCUGAAAAAGCGUAAAAGGAAAGAAGGAAGUCCUCUGCUGGAGAUGCCAGACUUGUUGCAGGCUCAGAAAAUCUCCUCUCAGGCUUCAGCCUGCAGAUCCGAGUGUCUCUCAGGGCCUCUGGACUCACCACAGAGCUCUGACUCGACCCAGAUCGACGACUGUCAGCUUGGUAAAUCCCCCGUCUUCCCCUCCACUGACUGCAAAGCCAAGGUUCACGUGCCCCGGCUGUGCCAGGACCUCCUGGAGGCCUGCAGAACCUCAGGGUUUGUGUUCUGCUCUCAGGACAGUGUGACCUCGACUCGAAAGUCUCAGACCACUCAAGCCAAGAGUCCCAUAUUUCCCAAAAGCCCCAAACGCUCCAAUAACCUCCCUUUGUCCAAGAGUCUCGUCUUCUUAGAGACUGAUCAGGAAGAUGACGGAGAGACGGAUCAGAGUCCCGAGUAUUUAAAAAGUCCAGUAUUUGGCAGGAAUGCUCAGCAUGAGACGACUCCAAGUGCCUGCAAACCCCAAGACGGCGACUGUAACCUCGGGUUAAUUUUCUGUUCUGAGGAGAGUUUAACCUCCUCUGGGAGGUCCACGUCCUCUCGGCCUAAGAGUCCAGUAUUUCCAGAAAGCCCCGGCCUUCCUAAGAGCCUCCCUUCCCCGGAAAAGUUUGCAACCUGCAAAAGUCCUGUGUUCUCAGAGACUGUCGGAGGACAGAGCGAGCAGAGUCGCCCAGUGUUCGGCGGGACUGGAAGACGGCGAAAGCUUCACCGAGAUGAGCAGAAACACGCUGCGAGUCCUUCAGCUGCUGAGCUCAGGGGUUCAGACAGUGACGGGAAUUUAACCACUGCCGGGUCUCCGUCUCAGAGUCUGAGGCAGGACGGCAAGACUGAUAACAAUAAAGAUGCCAUGUCAUCAAAGUCAGGUGACGAAGAGGAGGAGCUCAAUCACGUAUCCAAAGACUCCUCAGCCAAAGCGGAGCUGACCAGCGAUGUGACGCUACUCUGGUCUGACAACGACAACGUCACGCCGGUCGGCUCACCCAGCCCGGUCUUCCCAGAGGAGAGGCCUGUUCAUCAGGGAGAUGGUGAGGAUGCAGCCCUGAACCGCGGGACUGCAGCUUCUCCAGGGACGAACUGCAGGCCUUCUACCUCUUCCACAUCCACCGGCGGACAGCUGCCUUCCGCCGCAGAGCGAGGACCGCGGCCAAUCAGCAGUCAGGGAUCGGUCAGCAGGGCAUCCGCCCCGCCUAGGGAGCCUGCAGGCGGGCCGACGGUGCACUACUACUGGGGGGUUCCCUUUUGUCCUCGAGGGGUGGACCCGGACGAAUACACACAGGUGAUCCUGGGUCACAUGGAGGUGUAUGAGAAGAGUCUGAAGCAGGCUCAGAGGGGUCUGCUCAGGAAGGCCGAGUGGGGGGAGGCCGUCCUGCCACAGCCGGAGUCCCCUUCACCGGAGUCGCCUGCUGAAUCCCCUCAGCAGAUUGUUCUUCGAAGACGUGGCCUCAGACUGAGAAGCAAAAAUGUGUGCGAGGCAACUGAUACACUUUCGGUUGAGGCGGAGGAGGACGAAGAAGACCAGAAGGAUGAAGAGGAGGAAAGAGAGGGCAAAGAAGAAGAAGAAGAAGAGACGAAGAAAGAGGGAGAAGAAGGACAGGCGGCUACUGAUGACUGUGAGGUUUGCCCAGAAACACAACUGAGCGACGACGACAAGACGCAAGAUCUGCUGAUGGCGCCUGACGCAGGAGCAGAGCUUGGGUUUCAGUUUGCCAGUAAAAAGAGUCCAGAGGAGGUCGAGAUGAUUCUGCAGGUCGAUUCUCCAGCCGGGGUUGAGCUGCAGGAGGAGGAGGAGGAGGAGGAGGAGAUGGAGGUGGAGGUGGAGGUGGAUGCCGUCGUGGACGGAAAGACGGAGGGGAACGUCCCUGUUAGCGGCCGGGAUGUUGGAAGACAACACGUUAGAAAAGAGAGGAUAGAGGAAGACGAGGGGGAUCCAGAUGUGGAGGAGAUAAAGGAUCCAGGGCUUCAACGGUUGACGUCUCCCGAACUGCAACCAGCUGCCCUGCUUCACAACCACAAGGCCAAAGUGGACUGUCCCAUCUGUCAGGGGUCUUACUCGGUGACGGAGAUCGAGAGGCACGCCGCGUACUGCGAUGGAGAGGUGGCCGUCGUGGAGGAGAGGAGGCCCGAGAAAGUCUGCUUCCAAGUGUCGUUGAAGCCUCGGAGGAAGAGAACGAGGAGAGCAGAGGCGGCUACUGAAGAGACGUAUGAACCCUCCAACACUGGCAAGAAUCAAGAGAAAUGUUACAUAUGCCAGAAAUACGUUCCCCUGAGAGACUACAGCCGACACACAGAGCUCUGCAUCCAACGGCAGGCAUCAAAGACCGCAGCAAAGGGAAAUCUGCUAUCGGCUCUGGAGCAAACGGAGGGCAGAGAUUCGGAGGCCGGGCCGUCUGGAUCCAAACUCCAUCUGGGAGACGUCAUUGAUCUGCGGGAUGACGACGACGACGACGACGAUGAUGAGGAGGAGGAGGAGGAGCGGGGGGGGGGCAGCAGCAGCGUUUCAUCACUCAGGAUCAACAACUCUCCCAUCAGAGCCUUCACUCCGAUCUCAGAGGCCACCGGCUGCCUUAUUGACUUCAAAAAGCAGCAGCGAGCCAAGACUCUCCGUCAGAGACGAAGAUGAGGACGUCCUCCUGCAGACCGGUGGUGAUGACUGAAAAUACUGGAAACCGGAGCCUUAACUAAAGACCCCAUCAGGUUGGACGUGACAUUACGAUUAGAAAAAAAGAGACUCUUUUUAAACCGAACACCUUCCCAAUGUCACAUAUUUAUGCAGGUAAACGACUACAAAUUGACCACUUGAAUGGUCAAAAUUUGACAAUUUAUUCAUUGGAGCCUUAUUCCGACUUCUUUUUGUUAAAGGUGUUUCAGACUACCUCUUUAUGUAUUGAAACAUUUCCUUUAUGUUACUUCAGCUUUGUGUCAAAUCCAAUUCAUACUAACAACAUUUCACUGGCCUUCAACCUGAAAUAUGAGAAGUAAAGUUAUUGUUUGUAGUCCCGCAAAACUGUCCAUCGGUCCACCACUUAUCUCUCAAAUAUCUCGACACAUAUUGGACGGAUUGCCACGAAACUUUGUAAAGAUAUUCACGUUCUCCACAAGAUUAAUCCUACUGACUUUAAUGAUGCUCUGAUGUUUCAUCUCGGGGCCGCCAGCAGGUCAAAACUCUUUAAGUUUAUAAAGGGAAACGCCGCACCAUGCCAAAUAUUGCCAAUGUUGCGCAUGUAAAUGUGCUAAAUCAUCGUCAUGGUAAUGUAAAAUGUGAAACAUCCUAAUGCUAUACUAAAAUGCUUUACAAACACAAUACUGGAAAUGUACCGCGCUAACUGUUCACGCGCUGUUCACAUGCUGGCUUUUGCGUGCUGAUGUUCACUCUUUAAGCUAAUAAGCUAAUGUUUAGCUAAUGCCGAUAUUACCCGCUAAGUGUCACUAGACCUCUGAAAGACAUCUGAUUGAUUGGUGGACACACAACCAGCCAAUCAGAACUGUGCAGGCAACAAUUGUUGAAUUAUAGCCGACAACUAGUGAUUCUUUUCAUUAUCGAUUCAUCCGCAGAUUAUAUUUUUUUAUCAAUCAAUUAUUUUGGUUUGUCCUAAAAAAGAAUUGCUGUCAUUUCCGAGCCCUAAAUGACAUCUUCAAAUCCAAACAAAAGUCCAAAACCCAAAGAUUUUCAUUUAAUGAAUAAUUUAUGAUGAAGACGAGCGAGCAGAUAAUUCUCACAUUUGAGGAGAUGGAGCCGACUGAAUAGUAACGCUCCUUAACCUGUAGACUGAAGCCGUGUUUGCCCAGCUGAGACUGUGAAUGUCCUAAAAGGGCCACCGUAGCGAUGAUGAGCAUAGUUUCAUUUAGAUUACAACAUGGCCUUUUUUCUGGCACCCCCCUCAGGACAAACACUUCUUCUUUUUUUUAAGAGCUAAUAAUAACAAAGUUGGUCCUCCACUUUUUAGUUUCUAGUCUGCUACUGAGCACUUAAGAUCAAACGCAAACAUAAGUGGAAAGAUCGAGAGCCGGAAGAGCCCUGCGAAUAUUCCUUUUUUGAGAGACAAUGAAAUCAGUUUGUUCAAUGCAUGUUUUUAAAGUACAUACAUUUGAUACAAUCAGUGUGUCAACUGUUCACAUUUGUUACCCCAUGAAAUGGGAUUUAAACCCACUUCCUGUAAGAUCCCACGUCACCUGUUUUCCCAGUGUGAACUGUUGAAGCCUGAAAACACAGAUUUUCUCCAUUAAGAUCAGAAACGUCUUGGUGAUGGAAGCGAAAGUCACCGUAACAUGUUUUUUUUUUUGCUUGUUUGGAAAAUCAAUUUGCAUUUGUGACGAUCACAUGUGCACUUAAGCAGCUCAAACAUGUCGUCACCGUCCUGUAAAAUCAUUUAGUAGUUUAUUUUUAUGCUUCCUCUUCACCACGGACCAUAUUUAUCACCCCGAAAUAUUAAGUUGAGUUAAUUUUUUUUUUUUUUUACCUUAAAUACUGUGUCGGCACUUUGGAGUGGAAUUUGCUAGUGGACGUAAACUCACUGUAACACACUGGUCACACAUGUUGGUUCAUUGGAGGAAGAGAUACACAGGUGAUACCACGUUAUGUUUUUAAAGUGGGUGAAAGAAAGUGCUUUUUUUUUUUUUUUUCUUCUUAUUUCGUCCUCGAGAAGAAAAAAACUAAUCCCAAAUACAGUUUGCCUCAUCCUGCAACAGCCUGUGUGCAACAGGCUGCCGCCGUUACUUUUUACUUGAAUUUCCUGUGAGACUUUGUUGCAAGACAAGCGACAAGCGGACUGUUCUGUUGCGCAAGUCUCUGUCACAAUGUUCGGUUGCACCAACUAGGGUUGAAGUUGAGGAGGUUUAAUUGUUACUAAGUGGAGUUCAAAUGAAAGAUGAAAAGCUGUUUUGAGUGUGAAGUAAAAAAAAAAACUGUCUAGACUUCAGGACCAAAAGUACACACAGACACACACACACUUUCCACCUGUAUGUGAUUGUGCAACAUGUGAUUCCGACACCAUUAAUGUGCUGCCGUACAAGAAGUGGUGGAGAAGUAUUGAGAUCCUUUACAUAAAAGUAAUAAUAUCACACUGUUGAAGUCCUGUAACCUAGAGUUAUAUGUAGGUAUGUAGAGUAUAAUAAGGAAAAUGUACUUUUAUUUGUGACUGAUAUACGAUCAUACGUUAUUAUUAUUAUUAUUAUUACUCGUGCAUGAAUGUAAAAUCAGGAUUUUUCUGUUGUAGUUCGUUGAGGUGGAGCUCAUUUUAUAUUAAGUAUUUUUUUUAAUGCAGAGUUGGCUCCACCAGCUGUCAAUCAACACUGGCUGUGCUUUACUUUGUGCUUCUUCUUUUUGUUUGUGUGUGUGUGUGUCAAGUUUUCAAGGAAUUCGCUUCACACUCGUGCUAUAUUUGGAUGGAAACUUGGCUGUAGCUUUACGAAAAAGUCGAAAAAAUACAACCACAUAUUUAAAAUAAUAUGUCAUAAGAAAUAGAAACCAUCAUCCUCAGAAGACGUUUUUUUUCCUGUACGUUAAGAAUAAGAUAUAAUGUUUGUGACGUGGAAACCAACAAACAAACAUUUCCUCUCUUUUUUUUCAUUUGGCUAAGAAAUAAACUAGUAAAGAUUGUUGUCUUA